AUGUCGAAGAUAUUGGAGUCGGCGCAGAAAGGGACGCGGCAGCGGUCCCUGGAUGAUGACAUCAGGCUCAUGGCUGGUAGCAUGCUGACCUAUAGCAAUCUGAUCUACACGCAGGAAGGCACGGAAACACAGGCGGUGAAAAUGGUUGUGCGGAAGCAGCGGGAGAAGUUGUUGGGCUGUCUCAUGUUGCCCUUGGCCUUCAUGUACUUCAUUUUGUUUUCGGCAUCGAUUAUGCUCCACGAGGACAUCUCAGAUGUCUAUAUGAUUGAAUCAGAGCUGCGGGCUAACAUGGACUCCAUCUUCGACGGGGUGGAGGACAUUGACAGUUUGUGGGACACACUGAUGGGAGACUUUUCACAGAUCUUCUUCACCCAGACGGACAUGUACGGGCGAGCCAUCCAGCGGCCCCCGGCCACGGCGACGGACAAGUGGGGCACCUGGGGACAGGUGGGGGUCUACAACCAGAUCCAAGGUGCUAUCCGCUUUCAGCAGACCCGAAGAACUGCAGCUGGCUUUGGCAAGAUCUACAUGUGUAACAGCAAUGUGACUUGCUUCCUCUGUCGCAGCAAUCGCGGCUUCCAGCCCGCCUACCUGGUCUCGUCGGGCGAAUCUGCACCGAUUGAUUGUGGAGACUGGCCAGAUCCAAACCGCAGGCUGGAGGAGCACACCGCAGAUCCCGAAGAAUUGAGUCCUCGGCGGUUGUCUUUGAUGCAACCAACUCUCCAGUCCUCAUUGCCCAAGGAGUCUUCGGAUGAGAUGCAGCUCUUUAGGUUUUACAUCUACCCCUCGGAGGAUCUCAGCCGCACCAUGGAGCGUCUGCAGUACUUCCGCGGCCGAAACUGGCUGGACGAGGACUCUCGAGUCCUCCAGAUUCGUUUGUACUUGUUGAACUCGGAGCUUGGCCAGCCGAACAUGGAGCAGGUCACUCUCACCUUCUUCUUCGCAGAUGGCGGAAGCAUCUACUACAGCCGAGAUUUCCAAGCGAUUUUCUUCAAGAUCUUCCCCAAUACUCUCUGCAUGGUCGCUGAUGGUUUUUUCUUCCUCACCCUUUGCUUCACAGGUAUCUUGCAGGCGGUGGUCCUUUGGCGCGCGCUCCGGGACCGGCGCGUGAAGAAGUACCUCAGUGACAUUCGGAACUUGCUUGAGCUGCUGGUGAUUGCCAUCGGCAUCUAUUUCUGUGCCCAGUUCUACAUGGUCUUCCUCACCAAGGAGAAGACGACGGAGAUCGUGACCGACCUCCGGGCCAAUGGCUGGUAUGUGCACGAUGAGCAGCAAAAGGUGGUGGAGGACCUCUUCCAAGUGGGUGAGUCGGCCUCCAAUGAACUUCUGAGCUUGCGGCUGCUUGCAGCCAACUACACCUUGAUCCUCACGUUCCGGUUCUUCGCGAACUUCCAGGCACAGCCACAGCUGGCGAUCAUCACCAACACCUUGGGCUCCCUCAUUGUGGAAAUCAUCCACUUCAUUGUGGUCUUCAUUCCAGCCAUUCUGGUGUAUGUGUUCAGCGCCACACUCCUGUUUGGCCGGCGGAUUCAGGACGUUUCCACCUUCUGGGGAUCGAUGGGCUACAUCUUCCGGAUGACUCAGGAAGGCGAAUACGACUGGGAGGCCUUUCAGGAAGAGAACUACUGGUCCUCGGCCAUUUGGGUCUGGAGCUUUGUAGUUUUCGUGAACAUGUUGCUGAUCAAUUUGCUGAUCGCCAUCAUUUUGGACACCUACAAGGAAGUCCAAAAGGCCGAAGAAAGCAGAGAAGCGGUCUCCUGGCGAAGCUGCCUCGUUGAAGAUGCCGUCAAAGAGAAGUCGGUCCAAGCGCUCUGGUAUGUGGUUCGUCCAGGCUACAUGGUGGCCCUCUUUCUGGUGGGAUGGGCCGCAAAUGUGAGCCUGUUUACCAGAUACCACAUUGACUAUGCGGCCGUCUUGGGCAUUACAAAGGAGGAGUUCAUUUCCUCCCGCUUCUUGGUGAUCUUGUCUGCCUUCCUGGCCUUGAUGCUGAGCCUGGUGCGGAUGCUCGCCUCCUUGCACGGAGCAUCCACUGAGCUGAUUUCGGUGGUGCUGCUGUGCUAUGUGGUGGUGCUCUUGCUGAUCUUAGGUGUCCUGCCACGUCGCUGGCGGGAGCACUGCCGCUGGCGUGAGCCCUUCGCACAGGCGCUGCGGCGCUGCGUGUGGCCGGACACCAUGAAGGAGAUCCCCUUCGCGGAGGUCCUGGUGGCGGAUGGACUCACCUCAGUCGCCAAGCUCUUCUUUGACCUGACCACAGGCUCCUGCAUCGUGAUCUCCAGCAGCGAACCGGCGCUGAAGAGCACUUUGGGGGGCACCUUGGGGACCUUGGGUACUUUGUCGCCCAUCAAGCGCCCGGAGUUGACGGCCCAGGGGGUUCUGGCCACAGCUUUGGAUCAGUGCAGCGGUUCCAGCCUGCCCUACCUGGCCUGGUCCGUGCCCUUCCUCAUCCGUGCACGUCAGUGCGUCAUCACGGCGCGCCACGCGCCGGAUGCUUGGAACCGGGACCUGCAACGGAUCAAUCUGGCGAAGUACCUCUCGGCACUGCCGGUGGUCUUCUUUGCCAUGUGCCAUGCGCGUGUGAUCCCAGGUAUCAAUGGCUCCAUGCUCACGUCGGAGGACUUCGAGGUCUUGUGGGCGCUGGCGGCCAUCGUGAAUUCGGCCUUCUCCUUCUUGUGGGACCUGGUCAUGGAUUGGGGUCUUUUGCAUUGGGUCCCGCUCAAACUCGGCAACUUUGGGCUGAGGCCCACCCUGUUGUAUCCGCAGCCACCCGUGGUCUACUAUUUUGCCAUUGUUCUCAACUUCAUCGGGCGCACCCUUUGGUCCUUGCGCUGGUCGGAGCAGGCCACCAUCUUUUUGGGUGCCUUCUUCCUGUCCAGUGUGCAACAAGCGGCCGAAGUGGUCCGAAGAUGCCUCUGGAAUGUGCUGCGCGUCGAGUGGCAGUGCAUUUGCAAGGGCAAAUGGGAGCAGUUUCCCAACAUGCCGCAGUACCAGCUAGAUCUGAUUUUGGCCGACUCCGAAAUCAUGAUGGAGGCCCAGGCAAACAAAGACAUCAACACAGAGAAGCUGGUGAAAAUGGCUGGUUCUCUGAUGAACUCGGUGAGUGGUGUCAACGAGAACCUGGAGCACAUCAUGAAGGAGGAAUCGAGGGAUCCGCUGCAGAGCUGGGUGGUGGGCAAGAACGUGCCAGGUUUUGCCACCAACACCGAGAACCCAGAGAAUAUGCACAAAGGAAGCCGACCUCCAAGGAUUGUGGAUCCUUUCAAGGUCGAUGAGGUUCUGGAUGAAGACGGACAGCCCAUCGAACCGGAGGAAGCAGAGGAGGGCAACAAGGAGGUCGAGCCCGAAGAGGAGAAGUUCAAGACGCUGUGGCUGAUUGAGACUGAGAACAUGAUGAAGGCCCAGCGCAGCUGGUUGGUGAACGCGUCGUGGCAUUUAGACCAGCUCAACGCAGUGCUCAGGCAGCGAGCCAAGCAGAUCGGCGCCGCUUCGGCCCUGGCGCAACUCAAGGGCGGGCGAACCACUCAGGGAGGAAUCCGAAACUCCUCUUCCAUGUGGUGAGGUCUUCGACCACGCCUGAGAAGUCGACCAAGUAGACUCCCCACUGCUAUCCGGGGCGAUUUGAGAAUCAGCACUUUGGCUCUGGUCUUUCACGGCUGGUCUCACCGUAGACGUCCAGCCUGGACCCGGUCUCACUUGCGUUUGGAAGCGAACGGGCAGGGUUUGGCUGGGCAAAGAACCCUGACGCCAUGUUUCC